CCCGAUGAGGCGGCGGUGCUUCUGGCAACCCGCUGACGGAACUCUAACAGCCCCGAUAAGAUUAAGUGGUUAACCCCCUUGUGGACUGUGACUUUAGCGACCGAACCAAUAACACGGGUAAUUAGGGACCGUGAAGAAGUGUCAGACGAUAUAAGCGCUAAAUAAUCCAUUUGUUUAGGAAGGAAUUUGUUGUUUUCAGCUAGCAUUAGCACCAUCGAACUGCUAUCAGCCAGUCAAGCUAGCAAGUUCUUUUUUUUAGCUCGGCGGCUAAUGCUACAUCCGUCAAACUAUUUCCUACCGCUUGUCCAAGCUUGUGCAAAGCCUAUGAACUCGGGGAUAUCGUAGCCUCCGCAAACAUGUCCACCACUUCGUUGGAUAAAGAACUGCAGGAGCGGCUGAGAGAGGCGUGUGCCAUCGGGGACAUUGACGAAGUGCGGACAUUGGUAGAGAGUGGAGUCAACGUCAACUCCCAGAACGAAAUAAAUGGAUGGACUUGCCUGCAUUGGGCAUGCAAGCGGAACCAUAAGCUCAUCGUGUCCUACUUACUAAGUAGUGGUGCGGACAAAGACAUCCUUACGGCGAAGGAGGAGAGGGCCGCACAGCUCACGUCCAAGCCAGAGAUCAAACGACUUUUAGGAGUUGAAGUGGAAGACCUGCCUGAAGUCCCGGGGCCUGAGUUGCCAAUCAUCCCCAAUUAUUUGUCGAACCCGCUUUUCAUAUACUCCAAGAUGGAUAAGAAGAGAGAGCUGCUCCUCUCUCAGCACAUUGUACAAAAUGGAUCUGUGGAUCACAUUGAGACUGCGGACAGCGAUUCAGCCCCCCUUUCUCCAGCCGAGCACCUUCAGCUGUCUCAAAGCCUGGGCACUGAUGAGCCCUACACAAACACCACCCUUCUUAACCAGGCCAGGGAAUUUGUUCCUCUGGCUGAGCAAAACGGGGCGACACCGGUCUAUGGUCCACCCCACAACAACCACACAGUUGUAAACUGCACGGUGCCGGCAGAUCUGUCGGUCGAGCCUCACCUCGUCAACCACACUGUGCCACACAACGGAACCAUGUGCUCGCCUCCUUUGGCCUCGCACAGCCCGGGUUUGGCUUGCAGCAGUGGGGGUCAGGUCCAAGCGCCUGUGACUAACGCUAAUCCAGCUGUGAGCAGGCAGCAGUCCGUGCCGCAGCAGAUAGGCUACAGUCAGCCGGGGGGACCUUUGCCCGCAUUCCAGCCCUUUUUCUUCACAAGCACCUUCCCAGUCAAUGUGCAAGAGUUAGUACUGAAGGUGCGUAUUCAGAACCCAAACGCGCGGGAGAACGACUUCAUCGAAGUAGAGCUGGACCGCCAGGAGCUCACGUAUCGCUCACUGCUAAGGGUCUGCUGCCGUGAGCUGGACAUCAGUACGGAGCAUGUGGAGAAGAUCCGCAAGCUGCCAAACACUAUGUUGAGAAAGGACAAAGAUGUCGCCCGGCUGCAGGACUUCCAGGAGCUGGAGGUUGUCCUGGAGAAAUCUGAGGGCUUGUCCUUCUCCAGCACAGGGAGCUUGACCGACAGACCCUGCUACAACAUGAAGGCCUCCCGCCUCACCUACUAGUGCACCCCAACAGAGUUUCCCUGCUUCUAAUGGGCUUGUGUAGCUGCCCCUUGAGCAGCCAUUACCCAGUUGCCUGCCAGAUCUCUUGUCAAGCUUUGUUCAGCUGGGGUGUUCUGCCAAAUUUCCUGAAUGGGAUUUCAUUUAUCAAGUUCGCCAGCUAUUGUCCUGUUCCUGGCCCUUUCGCUGCUUUAGUGUUCCCAACGAGCUGUUAGAGACCUGAUCCACGGCGGCUUGGAUAUUUGGCCCCAUCUCUUCUUCCCAGUGCACUUUGUGCCAAGGAUUCAGAGGAACAACAUGGAGUAGGUCAGGGACUUUGGCCUGUUAUUCUGUUGACUGAACGGGUUUCUGCAAUAGCCUUAUUUGGACGUCUCAAUCGGCAAACUUUGGACAAAGGUCUGAUUUUAGUCUGGUUUUCUUGUUGAAACAUUUUCCAAUUGGCUUACUUACACACUGUCAUACAUGGUGUCGCUUUAGUGUCUUUGCUGCCGAGGGGACUUCUAUUAGUUUCGUGAUCUUUUUUUGGAUUGGUCAUUUUAGCUGCUGUCUACACACGAGUGGACAUGAAAAAAACUGUAGAAAGGAACAGUUAUUUUCAUCUUUAAAGUUAUUUGGUGAAUUGGACCUUUUUUUGGUAUGAGGCUUUUGUUGACAAUUUUAGAAACCAGUUCUGCUGAAUCAGCUCAUUGGAUCGAAGAAUGAGCAAACUCUAUCAGAAAGGAAUGCAACUGUGCAAGUUUUCAGUUGUAUUUUAAUAACCCGCUUAUUAAGACAUGCGGAACCGUGGAAGCAAAUGCUCAAUUAUUCCAACUAUAUCGUUCAAAGAAAAGUGAGUUUAUGAACAAUCUACAUCGUUUUGGCGGACAUUGUUUCUUUUUAAUAACUGUUAUUUUAUUUCAAAUGGUAGCUUUACGAGAUAACACUAGUUUGACAUUACUUUAACCUGCACUGGAUGAUUAUAUUAUUAUUAUAUUAUUAUUAAUACUUACUAUAUUUGAAGAGGGCACGUGGAGCACCGACUUCUGUUAAAUGAGAAUUCUUAUGCUGCUUCCAUCAUUGCAUUCUUUUAAAGGUGGGGCCCAUUUUCCUGACAUUGCACAUCCUACAAUCGAAAAGUUCCUCUCCCAGUAAUAACUGUUUACUGUUCAAAGGUAUACCUGAAGCUCUUACUUGUAUUUCUAUGGUUGACAAUAUAUAUUUUUAUUAAUAAGCAUAGGUUUUUUUUUCUUCUUUUAACCAGGUAGGCCUGUUGUGUUUGUGUCAAAACAUUUAUGGUGUAAGCUGGAACAGAUGAAGAAAAGUGCAAUUUGAGGUAAAGACAAUGUGAGUCGAAGGCUUUAUUGAAGCAAAGACAAGUGAGGCGGAUGAGAGGUAUGUUUGAUGAAGGACUAACAGUAUUUGUAGGGUUGUUUAUCAUUCUAUAGGAAAAGCAGAUGACAUUUUGACCUAACCUAUGCAUCCAGAGUCUGAUAUUUUUAUAAACGAUACAUCCUGUGUACUUGCAGAUGUAAUCGUAGGCACUGCUGAAGCUGUUUUGUUUUGUUUUGGAGACCUGUGUGUUCUUUGAUAAAGCAUGAUGAAUGGCUUCAUCUCCUCGCCUACUUUGUAGUCCUUCAUGAUUAAGGUUGCUACUCUUGUAAACUGAACAAAUAUAACACUGUUUCAUGACCUGAACUCAAAUGUGUAACACAGCUCAGGUGUUCCAUUCAUCCGCGACCAUCACAGGAAAUGUUGAAGCAUGAUCAUUUUAGUUCCUUCCAAUAUCCAGGAACUUAGCACAGCCAUAGAAAAGUAGAAAACCGACAUUCCAUAAACCACAAUCAACCUGAUCAACUAUGCCAAAGAGAUGUGUUGCAUUGUCUGAAGCAAAUGGUCUGAUAAAACUGCACAUUUUCUUCAGUGGCACACCUGUGAAAUAAUCCUGCUGUCCAAACAGCCUCUUAUGCUUCCCUUGUAGGGUUUAUCUCAGCAAAAGGAGAAGCGCUCACUGACAGAUUUCAACACGUGUAAAUAAUAUUUGAGAGGAAUCAGCCUUUUGUGUAUUUCGAAAAAGAUACGUUCAACACCAGAAAAAUGGGAACAAAAACAAAAAUGUGGGGUUUGUAGUUUUUGGUUUUUCAUAAUUGAAAACCAACUUGACAGCCACUAGAGGGAAGUAAAGAUUCAUUCCUUUUUAAAUCGUGUCUGUCUAAUAAUUGCUAGGAGACACACCCUUUUAACCCCUAUUCAAGUCAGAUUGAAGUCAAAGUUCACUGUUCUGAAGUCACUAACCUGAACCAGUCAGUCAUCUCCAGUUGGCACACACACACACUGUGGGCUUCAAUUAUUCUUUUUCCAGAAUGGAAUUAUAACAUGUUUCCCUAGUAUUAAAGUUGAAUUAGGUGCCGAAUUUGGACUUAUUUAGAAUGUUCUAUUAAUUUACAGGUUAAAAAAGAUACAUAGGCAUCUUAAUCAUAAAAUAUUAGGUGCAGGUUCUCCAGGUUCCUGAAUGACCUUUAACCUGUAUAAAGCCAAACCCUAUGUAUUGCCUUUUUAUUACUUAUUAUGAUUGACUGCAGAUGAUACUAUAUUUUGCAGCAUUAAAGAAUGGACUGUGAAAAUUCAAAAUGGGAGGUGGUGUAAUUUCCAUUAGUAAAAGUAUAUAUCAGUCG